UCCAUUUCCGCUUCCUCCUGCUAGCUUCAUUGGAAGCAAGCAAUUGGAAAUCUAGGCAGCCUGGCGAAGUUUACUUUGUCAUGAGCUGCUUGUCGCAACUAUCAUCGUACACUGCUGCUUUGAUUACGAGGACCACUUACUUCGUUAGCACACGUUCUCUGUAUGGAUGUUCUGUCUUUUCAUGGAAGAGGAAGUUAGAGUAUCCUGCUAUUAGGUCUGCCCAUUUAGAAUUUGUGCUUACAAGGUUUCGUGUUCAGUGCUAUUCAUCUAGAAAAGGCCGCAAAUCUGCUUCUAAAUUGCAGAAGCUAGAACCUGAACCAGUGAUGGAGCAAGAAAAGGAUGCUUUUUUUGUCGUACGUAAAGGGGAUAUCGUUGGUAUCUACAACAGUCUCAUUGAAUGUCAGGCUCAAGUUGGAUCUUCCAUAUGCAAUCCUCCUGUUAGUGUGUACAAGGGAUACUCCCUGCCUAAGGACGCUGAGGACUAUCUUGUCUCACGGGGACUAAAGAAUGCCUUGUACACUGUAAGAGCUGCUGAUUUGAACGAGGAUAUAUUUGGUACUCUUGUUCCUUGUCCCUUCCAGGAUCCAGCUUCUUUGGAGGCAGGCACAUCAAGCAAUGCCGCAUCUAAAAAGAGAUCUUUGGGUGUGCUUGGACAAGAAAAUGUGGAGGAAGGAAUUGGUGUGACAUUCCUCUCUGAAGACCCAUUGAAAAAACAAGUGAAGUUAGAUCAUUCUGCUUUGGCUCAAGUACCAUCAUCUGAAUUGAGGGUUUGUAUUCUUGAGUUCGAUGGUGCAUCAAAAGGAAAUCCUGGAAAAGCUGGUGCAGGGGCUAUUCUGCGCUCAAGUGAUGGGAGUUUGAUUUGUAGGUUGCGUGAAGGUGUGGGUGUUGCAACCAAUAAUGCUGCUGAAUAUCGUGCUUUAAUAUUGGGAAUGAAAUUUGCACUUCAAAAGGGGUUUACUGGUAUUCAUAUCCAAGGCGAUUCCAAGCUUGUUUGCAUGCAGAUUGACGGUUUAUGGAAGGUCAAGAAUGAGAGCAUGUCUAGGUUGUAUGCAGUGGCAAAAGAACUCAAGGAUAAAUUUUUAUCAUUCCAGAUCACUCAUGUUCUAAGGAAUUUCAACUCUGAAGCUGAUGCUCAAGCCAAUCUGGCCAUCAAUCUUGCUGAUGGCCAGGUCCAGGAGGUGCUAGAUUAGUUCCAGAAAGCCAGCAACAAUAUUUUGGGUUUGCAUCACAAAGCAUUUGUGACCCGGCUGUUGGCCAAUCGAACCAUUUAGAAUGAAUCUUUUUAUUCGGUCCUUAGUCACUUGAAAAUGAUUCAUAGUUAGGUUGGCGGUUUAAAAUGGCUUGUCCACUGUGGUAAUCCUCUAAAGUUGAGGCACCAGCUGUUCCAUUGAUUUUUCUUCUGGGGAAUCAAUCCCAUUAAGCUGAAUUUUCUGGUUUGGUAUGCCAUCUAGGGGGGUUAUUGGAACUGGAAAGAUAAUUCUUGUUCUAUUAAACCUCUCUUUUUAGACCGCGUUUUCUUGUGAUUUUGGGUUUAAUGUACUUUCAAUGUAUAGAAGCACAUACAUUAUAGAUACAAAUUUCAGUGCCCCUUGUAUGGCUGGUAGGUCACUAUGCUUCAUUCUUAAUGUGAUCUUUACUAGAACAUCAGAAUUUGGCUCUACUUCAACUCUCCUAUGUCCACAGUCAACUUAGCAAUGCAUUUAUAAACUACAUGAUAA